GUUUAAUUUUGUAAAAAACCUUCAUAUUUAAUUUUCAGAUAUGGAUCCAAUGAACAACAGUCCUUCAUUUUUAAAGCUUAUUCAGGAAGAUGACCAGAUAUUUUUGCAAAUACCUAAUGACUUUGCUUCAAUGAUUUGGGGAGACCAACCACCUUACAAAGAUUCAGUUAAGAUUGUUGAUGGCAACAAGUUAUGGUUUGUAAGACUGAAAAAAACUGAUGUUGGCCAUGUUCUUGCUGAUGGCUUCACCAAAGUUGUUCGGGAUAGUUGUAUAUGAAAAAAUAACUAUCUUAUGUUUCAGUCAUUUGGACAAUCAUCAUUCUUUCUAAUGGUGUUUAAAUCAUUUGUUCAUCAAUACUGCUUUAUAUCCAAAAUCACACCUGACAAAGACGUUAUUGUCAUGGCUGAUGAAUUUUGGAGGCAAUUUUAUGGGAAAAAUUUCAAAGAUGGUAAACGAUCUUGCCUUAGACAGCCGAUCUAUCUUUGUCUUUUCAAUGGUUGGAAAUAAAAUUUUCGAGCUUUCAGUCUUUAAUCAUCAAACCAGUACUCAAAUUCAGAACAACAAGGUUGAGUUAGUUGUUUUGGAUGACUCCAUCUAUGGUGAUGAUGGUGAUGAUUUGGUUAUUGCGUCCGAACAUAAGGAGAAGUGUAGUACUGCCGAAACUGACUUUCAGGAAAGUGUUGUUGUGGAAUGUGAAGACGACAAAUUUCAGUUGGCAAGUUUUGAGUCUGUGUUCAAUGAUAUUGAUGAUUCGAAGUUUGAUAACUUUUUCUCAUCUCUACUUGAAAUGGAAGACCUUAAGAAGAAGGACAAAAGCAACUUUGAGAUGGACCUGGACAAAUUUUUGAUACCAAAGAAUAACUCCCAUGUAUAUAUGAUUAUUUAA